AUGUCUGCUCUACUAGAUAACACUUCAGCCCAGCUCUUUGAGACUACACGCACUUUGUUUCAAGUCGACUGCCAGCAGUUCAUUGAGGACAUCUUGCACAAUAGAUUUUCGCUUGACGAUGAGCUCAAGGAUAGGGUGGGUGAGCUUCAUCUGUCAUUGGAGCAGCUGAAACGAGCCGGAUGGAUGAUGGCUAUUGAUUCCCCGACAAAUGAGCUUGUGCGUGUUGUCCCUAUUGGAUUCUUCUCCGUUCUGAUCGACCGCCCCGGACAGGAACCAAUGUCCGAGUUUGACUGGGCCUGUAUUUACACCUCUGACACUUUGAAUAUGCUGACUGCUGACUUUAUGCGACACAGGGACCCCGCUGAGCUUGCCCGGAACGUCGAGACCCAAUCAUUCCUCUGGGACUUGGGUAUGCCUUUCCCUGUGACGAUUUCUCACGCUGAGGAUACCGCCCCAGAGCCAUAUGUGAAUGCUUUCCGGAUCCCUGCUGCUGCUAGUAUGGCUCGUAUGAACUCCCGGAUUCCAGUGAGGCCUCGCCCUCCCCCUCCUGUCGACACUGAUGUGGCCUAUAACCGGCCUGUUCCUGGUCCUUAUAUUGUGUCCGAGCCUGCGUCCCCUACAGGUGAUAACACUAUGGGUCUUCACUGA